AUACUGAUGUGUACAGGUUCCCUCCUCUGAAUCUCUCUCUCCUUUUACCUAACUUUUCUCUGUAAAAUCUCUCUCUUUCUCUCCCUCUCUCUCUCUCUGUAUAUAUUAUUAACCAUACAUACAACACUUGAGCUUGGACUAAAUCAAACCUUUUUAGCUCCUUUCCAAUUCACUCCCUUCAUACUUCACUAUUGGUUUUUCAUCUCUCUGUUUUCCGGCCAAAGCAGUCGCCGGAAUUUACCUGAUUCUUCAAGAUUCCUGAAAAUGAAUACAAACCGGUGAUAUAAACACAAUGGGUUGCGUUUUAUGCAAAAGGGUCACCGGAGAUGACACUAUUUGGAAGACCCUUAAAGCGCCUUUCUCUCGCCGGAGCUCCAAGCAGAAUAUCAACGCCGGUACAGUUGAAAACAAUGAAUGCAGAGAGAAAAAUAGAAGUGGGGUUUUGACGGUGACUGAGAAGUAUAAACCACGGCCGGAGUUUAGCCUGAAAACGUGCCAUGGGUGGCCGUCGUGGUUGUGCACUUUCGCUGGAGAUGCCAUUAAAGAUUUGACUCCUCGCCGUGCUAACACCUUUGAGAAACUUGACAAGAUAGGGCAAGGGACAUAUAGCAAUGUGUACAAGGCAAGGGAUUUGCUAACAGGAAAGAUAGUGGCUCUGAAGAAGGUUAGGUUUGAUAAUUUAGAACCCGAAAGUGUCAAGUUUAUGGCCAGAGAGAUUCUUGUUUUGAAGAAAUUGAAUCAUCCCAAUGUAAUUAAGCUCGAAGGCUUAGUUACUUCAAGAAUGUCUUGUAGUCUUUACCUUGUUUUUGAGUACAUGGAACAUGAUCUUUCUGGGCUUGCUGCAGUUCAAGGCAACAAAUUUACGGAAUCACAGGUCAAAUGCUUCAUGAAGCAAUUGCUGUCAGGGAUCGAGCAUUGCCAUAAUCAUGGUGUGCUCCAUCGUGAUAUCAAGGGGUCUAAUUUGCUCAUUGACAAUGAAGGAAAUCUAAAAAUUGCUGAUUUUGGUUUAGCUACUUUUUUUGAUCCUGCUCACAAGCAGUCAAUGACUAGUCGUGUUGUUACCCUGUGGUACCGUCCACCAGAGCUUCUUCUCGGGGCCACUCAUUAUGGUGUUAGUGUAGACCUGUGGAGUGCCGGCUGCAUCUUGGCAGAAUUACUUGCUGGGAAACCAAUAAUGCCAGGAAGGACAGAGGUUGAGCAGUUACAUAAGAUAUUCAAAUUAUGUGGUUCUCCGUCCGAGGAAUACUGGAAGAAAUCUCGUUUGCCCAAUGCAACCCUUUUUAAACCACAGCAGCCAUACAAGCGUCGCACAGCUGAGAUCUUUAAGGAUUUUCCACCUUCUUCUCUUCCUUUACUUGAAAAGCUUCUGGCUAUUGAUCCCAUGGAGCGAGGUUCUGCCACUGCAGCUCUGAAUAGCGAAUUUUUCACCACGGAGCCUCAUGCAUGUGAUCCAUCAGCUUUACCAAAAUUUCCCCCCAGCAAAGAAUUAGAUGUUAAACGAAGAGAUGAGGAGGCCAGAAGGCAAAGAUGUCUAAAUGGUAAAGCUCAAGCAGUAGAUGGCACCAAAAAAGUAAGAAAUCGUGAUAGGGUUAGUCGGGCAAUGCCAGCUCCAGAGGCAAAUGCUGAGCUCCAAACGAACUUGGAUAGACGAAGAGUUGUUAUUGAAGCAAAACCUAAAAGUAAAAGUGAAAAAUUCCCACCCCCACAUGAAGAUGCAGCAGUUGGUUACCCUCAUGAUACAUCACAUAAUGGCCCCGUCUCAUUUGGAGCUUCUGAUUCUUCAUUCAGCUCGUCAGUUUUUGGUUCAAAUUCGUCUCAAUCUUUUCAAGAUACCGGAACCAGAAGGAGAAAGACCAAGAAGGAACACACAAGCAAAAGGCCGCUAUCUUGGAAAUUCAUCCCUCCAUUCAUCCCAUCCUCAAUUAGCUUAGCAAUUGAUCAGAGAUUCAAAGGUAAAGACUCUGUUUCAGAGGGUUUUGGAGCUCAAAGAGAAAAAAAUGUGUAGGAGUAGCCAUAUUUUUGUAUUUAGAUGUCUAAGAGUUCUUUGUUCUGUUACCCCUCAUCAUCCUCCUUCCAUUUUUGGUUCUGUUCUCUAAGCCUUCCCACUUUAAAUGCCUGUUGUAAAAUUCACCGAACCCUUGCUAGAUUCGAUUAAACUUUUUUUGUACAGUUCCGCAUAUGUUAUAAUGAAAAAUUGCUGUCAGAUCA